AACAAAACGGCGAGCGAAAGAGGUCGCUUUUAGCGACGAAAACAAAAACAGUUUGAUCAUCAUCUGAUCAGCAGGAUGGGAGUUUUCUGCUGCUGGAUUUUACCAGCUAAACGUCAACAUCGUGUCGCAUUUGCCGUGUUUUUAUUCUACGCAGUGAUGAGCUCGUCGUGCUACUGCGAUCCCGUCCUCUCUGACAACAAUUUGAACAACAACAACAACUUAAACAACGAUAUACGAACGCUCUCAAAGACAAACGACGACGCGAUCAAUUUUCGCAAGGCCACAUCCGACCAUCGUGAUCCUCCUACAGUCUUUCGCGCGGACGGUGGCGCCCUCUCGUUGAACGCAGACGACUUGAUUGCUGAAGGUGGCGCCCUCUCGACCUCGAACUCCGCCCCGCCGCAGAAUUCCAGCGAUUCGACUCCGACGGCGGGCGGCGCUCCCUACGAGGACGAAGUCGCGAUGUCGACGAUCGUGGUGCCCCUUAGUGACGUCAUGACGCCGUGCGAGGCGCUCCUGGUGGCGUUUAGCGAGUCGACGGCGCGGUUCGUCCGCUGUUCCGUGCUGCACUCGCGCCCCCUGAAGAUGUGCGUGAAGUGCGAGCGCGCGUUUCGCGAGCUGCGAUUGCAGUAUGGCGUCAUCAGGCAGACGGAGAAUGCGACGAACACGGGCCGGCAGUGCAACGACGUGCUCCUGCACUCCGACCGUAUUCAGGUCGCAGAGACCAGCUACGUUUUCGUCGCCGGACUGUGGUCGGCGUCAAACUGUGAGGGUGAGUGCUACAACUGCACGCAGGAUGAGAACAGCACACAGACAUGCAGUAAGGAUGGAUCCGUCAAAGGGUUCUACAACCGCUACACGACCCUGGAGACGUGCUUCCGUGACCAUAGCAACGGAGGCAAGCCCAGGCGACGGGCCGGUGGCGGUGAACGGCACGGUGUGCAUGGAUGCGAGCGAGCGUACAACAAUCUGAGCCGAUACUUCGCGCGGCUACACGGCGGAGACUUCGGAGCAGUCUGCAUGGACCUGGUCGAUGCGAUAUAAUACACGCGUCAACAGCUCGAGCGACGAGCUUCAGGUGCGCGCAGCGAACGAACGCUUACAUACUGGUGCUUACAUGCGACAUCUAUAGUCGCCUGCUGCCUCUCUUGUUUCGACCUUGCCAUCUGGAUUCUGCGCG